AUGGGCGACAUGGGUUACAAUUCGCCAGAGUUGACCAAAGCCGCCGUGGGCCAGUUCUUUCAGCUUGGUCUAGAGCUGUUGGACGGUGAUAUCGGCGCUGCACAGGAUGCCAUCAAACUCCUUGCCAAAGACUCUGGUCUUGCCUUUAUCAAGGCCGUGGUUGAACUCCAUAUCCCACACACCCACACCCUUGCCAACUUUGCUCUAUGGGAGUCUGAAGUCAAGCCCAUGUUUUCCCUUGUCACCCACCCCAGAGUUGUAGACUCGGCUGUCCUUGAACAGCAAGUCGCUGACUUGUUCAACUUUCUCCUGGGAGUUCAGGGUCGGCGCAUGACUAAACUCUUCAACUUCAUUCUGCAGCUUCUCGUUAACUCGCCGCUCCCUGCAGAAGCAGAUUUACGAGGCAACAUACUUGAGCUCUCAUUGAACGUCCUGUCAAAGAUAAUUGACUGCAACACCAACAAUAUUAUCAAUCCGGAAUGUGGCAGACUGGUCUCUGCAUUCGUUCAACUUAUGCAUCAACACCCCGGCAGUCAAGAUGACUUCUCUUUUCUGCAGGCAUCCAAGUACAUCGAGUACAUGCAGCAACGAUUAGACACCGGCAAAGACAUUCCCGAUCUGGUAUACAACCAGACCCUCCCCGUUUCAAGGGAAGAAUUUGUGCUCAAGAGGAAUGGUCCAGGCACACUCUCUGCCGAAGGGCGCCGCCAUGACAAUGACCACGCCAACAUCAACAAGAUCAAAAUCAUGCCCACCUACGAUGAGAUUGUAUCGCCCCGCGCAGAGUAUUUACCAACCAAGUAUCCUUCCCAAUGGCAUACCGACGGGAUUCGAGGUCGUCUAGAUCGAGAGUUUCGCCUCAUCAGAGAAGACACGGUCGGCCAGCUUCGAGAUGUUGUGCGUGACAUGCUGGAAGCCGCUCGAGACCCAAAGCAACGCGCUCUGCAAAAGUCCAAGACCAUGCGGACUUUUAACUACGAAGAUCCCGUCACCAUCAAUGUCGAUUGGCACCGGAUCGGAGGCCUAGAGAUGGUCGUGCGUUGCAAUCAACUUCCAGUCGUCAGUAAGCUCGACGCGAAGAAACGACGUGAGUGGUGGGGGCAGUCCAAGCGACUGCAAUCUGGUGCGCUCGUCUGUUUGUUCGAUGUCACCGGCACAGUAUUGUUCUGUGUCGUCUCUGACACCACUAUGCGAUCCAAGGACGACAAAGAUGCUAGGAAAAUGGACACCAAGGACAAGGACAAGAACCAAGAGUCCGAUAAAGAAGUCAGAACCUUGUCGGACGACAAGGCAGUUCUCUUUGUGAACCUCAAGCUUGUUGAUCCAACUACCAGAGAGAUAUCUCAAGCAAUGCGAUGGUUCAGAAACACCCGAUCGUCUCCGCGUCGCUAUCUCGUUGAGUUCCCAGGCGUUCUGCUUGACUCAUUCAAACAUACUCUAUCGGCUUUGCAGAAAAUGCAUGAGAGGCCCAACGUUCCAUUCAAGAAUUUGUUGGCACCCAGCAAAGAUUCAGACUCUGAUACAGAUGUCGGACUGCCGCAUUAUGCAAGAAGGCCAGGCUUUACUUUCGACCUCAGCUGUCUUAGCACUGACAACUCCACACUCAUCAUGGACCCUCACUCACCCAUCACGCCCGAGGCCCUUGCGCUCAAAACAAGCCUUGAUCCCACCCAGUCUGCCGCCCUAUUGAACACUCUGACCAGAGAAUUGUCGCUUGUUCAGGGUCCGCCAGGCACAGGAAAAAGUUACACUGGAGAAAAGAUCAUCAAGGUUCUCUUGAACGCCAGAAAGAAAGCGACACUGGGCCCAAUCCUCUGCGUCUGCUACACAAACCAUGCCCUGGAUCAACUACUCGAGCACCUUCUCGAUGACGGCAUCAAAAGUAUCAUCCGUAUGGGGUCCCGCUCUAAAUCAGAGCGACUUCAGAAUUUGAACCUGCGAACUAUUGCGAAAGAAGCCUCUCUUACAAAGUCGGAAAGGAGUAGUCUUUGGGAAGCAGAUCAAGGAAUCCGUGAAGAUGUCGAUGAGGGCCGGAAGCUGCUGCGGGAGCUUGCCGUCUGCCAGUCAUGGACCUCCGUGAAGGCCCUGAUGUCGUCCGAGUACCCUCGACAACACAUGGAGAUGUUUGGAGAUGAUCGCGAUGGAUGGAAGACAGUCAUUCACCAGCCCGAGAUGGUUAUUCAUCGUUGGCUUCAAGGCGGAAUUAAUACUGGAGCAAACCCCAGACAGCUCGAACAACUCAAACAUGUUCCACUUCAGAGUCUAUCAAGGGAUGAGCGAACCAUACUCCAUCGGCACUGGGUCAAGUCAAUCAGAGAUCCUAUCAUCACCAAGCUCGCAAGACUGAACAAACAAUACAACGAUGACGUCACGCGCAAAGACGAGAUCCGCGGAGACAUUGACCUGCGCUGUCUAAAUGAGGCAGAUAUCGUCGGCGUAACAACAACAGGCUUAGCCAGGAACUUGACCCUCCUGCGAAAGCUACGAUGCAAGGUGCUGCUUUGUGAGGAAGCGGGCGAGGUUCUUGAAGCCCAUAACCUUACAGCCCUCUUGCCUUCCAUUGAGCACACCAUCCUGAUUGGCGAUCACCUACAGCUUCGUCCUCAGAUACAGAACUAUGAUCUGCAAAGCACCAAUCCGCGCGGCAAGCAAUUUUCACUCGAUGUUUCUUUGUUUGAGAGAUUGGUCGAGCCAUCGCACGACACAGCGGUCAAGAUACCUUACAGUGUGCUCGAGACACAAAGACGAAUGCAUCCUUCAAUCGCUGAACUGGUCCGAUCAACUCUGUACCCAUCCCUCAAAGACUCGGAGAAUGUGGAGGAGUAUCCACAAGUAGUAGGUAUGAGACGUCGUCUGUUCUGGUUCGAUCAUGAUCAUCCAGAAACUGCAAACGACAACGAGUCGACGAGUACUUCCAAGUCCAACAGCUUCGAGGUCGACAUGACAGCUUCUCUGGUUUCUCAUCUUUCGCAGCAGGGGAAGUAUGGCGCUGGUGAUAUUGCCGUUCUCACACCAUACCUAGGACAGCUUCAACUCUUACGUCGCAGGAUGGAAUCCAUGUUCGAGAUUUGUGUCAACGAUCGCGACGAAGAUGAACUUGAGGCCAUCGAGGAAGAGGGAACCGAUACCAAAACGCCAAAUUUUAGCGCCCUUCGAAAAACGACUCUCCUCAAAACCGUCAGAGUAGCGACAGUCGAUAACUUCCAGGGUGAAGAAGCCAAGAUCAUUGUCAUCUCCCUGGUUCGGAGCAACCCUCAACAGGAAUGUGGUUUCCUCAAGACCUCCAACCGUAUCAAUGUUCUUUUGUCUCGUGCACAACACGGCAUGUAUAUCAUCGGAAACCAAAGCUCGUACGAGAGAGUACCAAUGUGGGCGGGAGUCAUCAAGAUUCUGGCCGCCGGUGAGAACAUCGGCACGAAGCUGGAACUACAAUGCCCCAGACAUCCGGAGACACCUGCACUUGUCUCUCAUCCCGAACACUUCUCUCAAAUGUCUCCCGAAGGUCCAUCACUCUGUGGAGAAGUCUGUCCUACUUCAGCAUUCUGCCAGGUCUGCGCAACCGAUGAGAUCAAGUCAGUAUGCGUCGACUUCAUCAUGAUGGCGGAAUACAGGGACAUUGAUCUCAACGAAGAACCCUGUAUCUUCCCCAGCUGUGGCCACUUCCUCACUGUCUCGUCCAUGGAUGGUCAGAUGGGCAUGGCAGCGCACUACACACUCGACGCCAACAGUCUUCCCACACAGAUCCUGCGAGCCUCUGAGCCUUUCUCUUUGGAUGGCCAGGGCAUCAAGUCUUGCCCCACCUGUCGUGGAUCUCUCCGCAGUGUCUCACGAUACGGUCGAAUCGUGCGCCGGGCAAUGCUUGACGAGGCUACGAAGAAGUUCAUCUCGUGGUCGAAUGAUGGAUAUCACUUAGUGGCGUCAAGACUUGUCACUGAACAAGAACGCCUGGCUGCUAUGGAACCCCCAGGGGUUGUUGGCCGCAACGCUGGAGCAGCUGUCAACUUGACCGUUGUAGGUUCACGUCAGAGACAACUGCAGCUUCUCAAAGAAUUUGUUGGUAAACGAUAUGAUUCCAUUCUCCAGUUUCGGAAGACUAUUGUAUCCUAUGCCGCCAAAGUGAAGAAGGAGGAACAGCCUUUCCAGCGCGUUGCGAACCUUGUCAAGCACUCCAACCUUCACCGGGGUAGGCAGAGCGAAUUCCAAUACGACCAGGCUGUCAUCCAAUCAAAGGGGGCGCUCCUUGCAUCGGCCUUGCUCUUAAAAUGCGACAUAUUGAUCCUUUCUGACCUCUUUGGGCUCUUGCUUGGUGGGAAGGCCAGGUUUUCUGCGUCAGACGUAAAGGUCGACUUUUCUUGCUUCAUGAUCGAUGGCGAUGCCUUGAUCAAAGAUGCGAAAACCGCUUUGUAUCCACGAGAGGAGGCCCAGGGUCAUUUAUUCCGUGCCCAACUUUGCGUUCUGUCCCGUCAAUGUGCCUCUGCAAAAGCGAAGCUGACUCAGACAAAUGCUACAACUUCAGUAUCUGAGGCUGCAGCCGUUUCUGAAUCACUUGACCAGCUACGUGACACAGGCCUCGGUCACAUCUUCGAGGCAAGGGGACUUCUGGAGCAGAACCCGUCUGCUCUAGUCCUCAAGAACGAGAUAGACGCUGCUGAGGAGGGUCUGAGAGGAGGGGUUUACCGCCCUGUUACAGCUGAGGAGUUGCGACAGGUCUAUGCUGCGUCUAUGGGAGAGCUACGUGGAACGGGGCAUUGGUACAUGUGUCGUAACGGACACCCUUUCACCAUCAACAAUUGUGGUAUGGCGAUGGAGCAAGCAACGUGUCCAGAGUGCGGAGCUCCAAUCGGUGGACAGAAUCAUCGGUCAGUCGAAGGUGUAAGACAUGCGGCUGAAAUUGAGGAAAUGGCGGAGGGAUUAAGAGGAAUGCGUCUGUAA